CCACUUUUUCAGCUAGGACAGCUGACUCGGUGCCUCUUCCCUUCAUCCCUCCUGAAAGGCAUGAAAGAUACAGAAGAAAUUGCUGCUUGGACUUCCUACAGCAACAAGAUACGUUCCUGAGAUCUCUGCUUUGAAGAGGAUUCCAGUCUUGUGACCCACAGUUCUUUGUCUCCUGAAAAAAGUCCAGUCUACUGUGCCAUCACCUUCACCAACAACAUGGAGAAGUUGACAUUCAAAAGGCCUAUUUCUGUGUCUAAGGAUGAAAUGCCUACACUUCCUUCCCAGGAGAAGCCAGAUAUGAACUCAUGCCCUCAUGCACCUGGCAGAUAUUUUCUCCCUGGUGGGAUGGACAAUGAGAACUGCAAGGCUAAUGAGAAGGAAAGGGAGUGGAUCCGCCCUGAUACACCUAGCAAAUGCACAUGGAAGCUUGGGAAACCCCUCUCUGCCUCCCCUCAUCGUCAUACCACUCUGCCAGAGCCUCUGAAAAUUCUGCCAAGCAUCCUGAAUAAAGUUGGCAAUACGCCCUUGGUGAGAAUCAACAAGAUUGGGAAGCAAUAUGGGCUCAAGUGUGAACUCUUGGCAAAAUGUGAGUUCUUCAAUGCUGGGGGCAGUGUGAAGGACCGCAUCAGCCUGAGAAUGGUGGAGGAUGCUGAGAAGGCUGGGAUCUUGAAGCCUGGAGAUACAAUCAUAGAGCCAACCUCUGGAAACACAGGAAUUGGGCUGGCCUUGGCUGCAGCAGUGAAGGGUUACCGCUGUAUCAUUGUGAUGCCAGAGAAAAUGAGUAUGGAGAAGGUGGAUGUCUUGAGAGCUCUGGGUGCUGAGAUUGUGAGGACCCCCACUACUGCCAGAUUUGAUUCUCCUGAAUCUCACGUGGGAGUAGCAUGGAGACUGAAAAAUGAAAUCCCCAAUGCACAUAUACUAGACCAGUACCGUAAUGCCAGCAACCCCCUGACGCACUACGACACCACAGCUGAAGAGAUCCUGCAGCAAUGUGAAGGAAAAAUAGACAUGCUGGUGGCUACAGCUGGCACAGGAGGUACCAUCACUGGCAUCUCCAGAAAGCUAAAGGAGAAGUGUCCAGGUUGCAAAAUUAUAGGUGUUGAUCCUGAAGGCUCCAUCCUUGCUGCACCAGAUGAAUUGAACAAGACUGACAAGACAAUGUAUGAAGUGGAAGGAAUCGGAUAUGAUUUUGUCCCCACAGUGUUGGAUAGAUCUACAGUGGACCAGUGGUACAAGAGCAACGAUGAGGAGUCGUUUGCUUUAGCCCGCAUGCUGAUCCGAGAGGAAGGACUGCUGUGUGGUGGCAGCUCAGGCAGUGCCAUGUCUGUAGCUGUGAAGGCAGCCAAAGAGCUGAAGGAAGGUCAGCGCUGUGUUGUUAUCCUCCCUGACUCUAUCAGGAACUACAUGUCCAAGUUCUUGAGCGACAAAUGGAUGAUUCAGAAAGGAUUCAUGAAAGAAGAAGACCUUGUCAAAAAACCUUGGUGGUGGAACAUCAGUGUUCAGGAACUCAGCCUCUCUGCUCCCCUGACUGUGCUUCCAACUGUUACCUGUGCAAAGACUGUUGAAAUUCUCCGUGAGAAGGGAUUCGACCAGGUACCAGUUGUUGAUGACUCUGGGGUGAUUUUGGGCAUGGUUACCCUGGGUAACAUGCUUUCUUCACUGCUUGCUGGAAAAGUUCAGCCUUCUGAUGAAGUCAGCAAAGUAAUCUACAAACAAUUUAAACAGACAGAUAAUCAAGCAUCAGGUGGAAAUGUGAUUAACCUGAAAGACAACUUGGGGAAACUCUCUCAUAUACUGGAAAUAGACCACUUUGCUCUAGUGGUUCAUGAACAAAUUCAAUAUCACACUGACGGUUCCUCAAGUAAGCGGCAAAUGGUGUUUGGCAUCGUUACAGCCAUCGACCUGCUUAACUUUGUGACUGCACGAGAACGGGAAAGAAAGUCCAACUAAAGUCAAGUAGCAACAUGGAGCCUCUUCAACAACAUUUUGCAAUCUCCAAAGAAGUAUCAGGUUUAUUUCUUAGGUAGAAUGGUCUGUCCUUGGGGUGUUUUUUCAAAAAUUCUGAAAAUAAGCAGUUAGCUAUCCUGGUGUCAGCUAUGCAGCUAGUGCAUUUUACUGUAUUGCACAGCUUCUGGGGACUUGUUUCUUAAUCAGGUUACACAAUAUUUCUUAUCAAGACAGUUUAUUUUUUUACCUAUAUAUAUAUGUAUGUAAAAAUAGUGCUUAAAUUAACUGGUGUGUUCCUUACUUGUUAUGUCUAAAGUCUGGCUUUCCAAAACAUUGUUUCAGAUUCAUAAAAUGUGUUGAAAUAAAGAGUUACUGAAGCAGAGGCCCAAGAGAGCUCUGGAAAGUUUUGUUGGGUUGGUUUUUUUUUUUUGUGCAGGGUGUUAAGUUAGAUAAUACCUGUGUGGAAACAAAAAUGGCACUGGGGCAUGGAAAGAAGAAAGAGGGGUUUCCCUUUUGGUGAAAUCGGUGUAAAACAGGAGGAAAUCCUGAGGGCUGGAGAUGAGGCUUGUUUCAACCAGCUGCUCUGAGGAAAAACUGACUUGAGUGGAAGCCUGACAGUGAAGUGAUGAACAUAAACUAGUGACUUUGUUUUACAUGGUGCUUCCACUUUCAGUGCAAAGGCAGACGUUUCUUUUUUUCCAGUUACACCCUGAUAAGUAAGCACCAGUGAAAAGAUUAAAAGGUAAGAUCAAGCUUCUUGCCUGAAGGUUUUUGAAUAUCAUGCUUUCAUCUAGUGCCUUCUCCUUACCUCCCCACCCUCUUAUUUCUCUUAAAGUGCUGCUUCUUAAUGCCAGUUUUAGAAGAGCCAAAGGUAACCUGUCAAGAGCUUUCAAGUCCUGUUUAAGUGCUCCUACACUGUAGUGCCUUAUUCCAGGAGAAAAACCCUACUGUUAAUUGAAUUCACUGUAGCCAAGCUUGGAAGUAACUGGUAAACAUGGUGUAGACUGUCACUGUCAAGAGUACACAGACUAAUGUGCCGUAGGUGUGUGCAGCUACAACUUUUCACCACUUCUGUAACUCUGGAUUCUUCAGUAAAUGUUUGACUGGCGUAGCUGUGGCGCAGUUUGGCACUAGCAGCCCCAUCUGUAUGCUGCUGGGCUCAGGCUACCAACUGCUGCUAGUAGUAGUGAUGAGUGGAAUCAUGCUGUGGUUAUAAGAGAAAAGUAGCUGUUCUUCAUCUUCAUAAAGACUGUUCUAAUCUUCUGACCGACCUUUUGCCAAGAAUAGUUUUUGAUCAGCAAGGAGUUACAGUUUUAGAUUUUCUCUCCACUGCAGUAGAAAAAUGCUAUUUAGGCUGAGGCUAUUGCUGGUAAGAUAGCAGAGUUUUUUGUUUAGUUGAUUUUUUUGUUUUUUUUUU